AAAAAAGAAGAAUUGUUGAUCCCCUCAACUUCACCAAAACCAAACGCCAAGCAAAACAAACAAUGGCCUCCGACAUGAGCCUCGAGAGAGAUAUGUCCUGGGAGUCGGAUAGCCCCGACGAGGAGUUCAACGGCAACGCCUCGGACCUUGGAUGGUUCAUCAAGGACUGUGUCUUGGCCCACAAGAAGUGGCUCCAGGACCAGUCGUUCAUCUGGAACGGCACCUUGCGCUUUGGCCCCCCCGGCCCCGAGGCCAACAUAGACUCUGACACCGGCUCCCGCGAGGCCCAGCACGGCCACAUGGAGCUGGAGUAUCCCGGCCCCAUGGCCGACGCCCGCGGCGUGUCCAUCACCGGCUACACCCGGACCUACCUGAACGGCGCCGAGUACGGCGUCAUCAACACGGCGUUCAACGCCCUCGACCAGGAGCACGCGUUCACCGUCUACUUCGUCAUCGGCCCGCGCGACCCCGAGGACGCGGCCACCCGCGUCUUCGACGUCGACGGCGUCCGCCUCUACCUCCAGCGGACCGGCUUCUUCGACGCGCAGCGCCGCGACCAGGAGCUCGCCCACAUGCGCCGGCGCCACGCGCGCUUCUUCCAGAACCAGCGCCCCAUCUUCCUGGUCAACGACCCCAAGGCCGCGGGCCACGACCGCGUCCUGACGGUCAAGUUCGUCGUCGGCGCGGCCCACCGGCACAUCACCGUCGCCGACCUCCGCAUGUGGUUCUGCGUCACCGGCUUCUUCGACCAGCGCACCCGCGACCGCGAGAUCGCUGCCGAGCUGGAGUCCGUCGGAGCGCGGCACGCGCUGCGCGGGCACGCCGACGUCCAGGAGUACCUCGCGGGCCUCGACCCCGGUAACGCGUUCCGUUGAGAGCUGCUUUGGCCGGCCGGUAUCUGCCGUGUUCCUCUCUUACUUCUAUCUACAAAUGACGAAGAAAAUCGAUGGGCGUCAUGCAGGAACGAACUGGGCCUGGAAUCAGAAGGAAUGGCCACGCCUUGGCGACACCCGUCUGGUACAAUGCUUUCGUUAGUAGGAAAAUAAGCGGCCGUCAGCAAUGGGAUGGAUGUUGGCCAGACA